AUGGCGACUAAACCCGUGUCCGACAUAGAGGCUUUGGCCCAAGAUGACCCCCAUACGGCGAUCCCGGAGGGAGGCAUGCCGCUCUCAGGCACAGCUGAUGCUGAGCUUCUGGCCAAGAUGGGCUACAAGCAGGAGCUGAAGCGCAACUUCAGCACGCUCGAGGUCUUUGGCAUCGCCUUUUCCAUCAUGGGCUUGCUGCCGUCCAUCGCCAGCACGCUGUCCUUCUCGCUGCCAGCCGGCGGUUCCGGCAUGGUCUGGUCCUGGUUCCUGGCCAGCGGCUGCAUCUUCAUGGUCGGCCUGGCCAUGGCUGAUCUCGGCAGCGCCAUGCCCACGAGCGGCGGCCUCUACUACUGGACGCACUACUACGCCAGUCCACGCACACGCAACUACCUCUGCUUCCUGGUCGGCUACAGCAACAGUCUCGGCCUCGUCGGCGGCCUCUGCAGCAUCGACUACGGCUUUGCCCUGAUGUUCUGCUCUGUCAUCGUCGUCUCCAAGGACGGCAACUGGGAGCCGUCCAACGGAAUCGUAUACGUCGUCUUCCUCGUCUGCGUCCUGACCCACGGCGUCCUGGCCUCGGUCUUGAAUAAGUAUAUGGCCAAGCUGCAGUCUGUCGCCGUAUUUAUGAACAUCGCCCUGAUCCUGUCGACCAUCAUCGCGCUGCCCAUCGGGAUGAAGAACGCUCGCAACGACGGCCACUUUAUUUUUGCCUCGCUGCAGAACCUCACCACCUGGCCCAAGGGCUGGGCUUUCAUGCUCGCCUGGCUGUCGCCCAUCUGGACCAUUGGCGCGUUUGAUUCCUGCGUUCACAUGUCCGAGGAAGCUUCCAACGCGGCAAAAGCCGUGCCUCUGGGCAUCUUGUCGUCUAUCGGCAUGUGCUGGGGUCUCGGCUUCGUCAUCGUCAUCGUUCUGGCCGCGUGCAUCGACCCGAAUCUGGAGAACGUGCUUGGCUCUUCCUUUGGUCAGCCAAUGGCCCAGAUCUACUACGACGCGUUCGGAAAGAAGGGCACCCUGGGCUUCAUGUCCUUUCUCUUCAUCGUGCAGUACCUGAUGGGCCUUUCGAUCGUUGUGGCAUCCUCGCGCCAGAUGUGGGCAUUCUCGCGGGACGGCGCCCUCCCGUUUUCGUCCUUCUUCCGGCCUAUCUCCAAGACGUUUGGCUACAUUCCGCUGCGCACCAUCUGGGGCAGCGUCUUCCUGGCCAUCAUCCUCGGCCUCCUGUGUCUGAUCGCAUCGGCCGCCGCGUCGGCUCUCUUCUCGCUCGCCGUCGCCGGCAACAAUCUGGCCUGGGGUCUGCCCAUCUUCUCUCGCAUUGUCUGGGGUAACGCGCGAUUUACACCCGGCGCCUUUUACACCGGCGCUUUCUCCAAGCCAAUUGCCUGGUUCUCCGUCGUAUUCCUGUGCUUCGGCAUCGUCCUGUCCAUGUUCCCGUUGUCUGGCCCGAACCCGGAUCCCCAGUCGAUGAACUACACCGUCGUCAUCAACAUGGGUGUGUGGGGCAGCGCAUCGCUCUACUACUUGAUCGACGCGCGGAAGUGGUUCACGGGCCCGAAGACGACGCUCGACGACGAAGGCAUCGCUGGCGUUGACGCGCCCGAGCUGGCCAGCUCUGACGAAGCGGUGGAGUCCGAAAAGCAGAAGCAGGGGUAG